UACAUUUAAAAAAAUAUUGACUUCCCUGGUUGAAAUUACAAAUUAGAACCGAAAUUACUUGACAAUCGUGUUGAACAGACCCAUUACUAGGCUGACGGGACAAUGCAGGAUUGAAUUUGUGUGUUGAGCCCCCCCCCCCCAAGAAGUCAAUACAUUUUUCUUGUUGGACAAAAUAUUUAAACACCAGGAAAUAUCACCUCCCAAGUUUUUAUUGCAAAAUUCUGUUCAAGUAUUCCCAUGCGUAGAGGUACCUCAACAUAUGCAAAUGAAAGCAAGAUUUUAAUGAUUAUUUUAGUCACAUCUGUUAGGGCUUCUUGCGGUCAAUUUGCAGUCUACAAAUUAUAUGUAAUUAUAUUUCGCCCGUUCUCUAUUUAGAUUUUCUAUUCACCGGGAUAGUGAUACGGGGGGUUCAGGCAGCCCAACAAAUUAUCCGGUGAAACAAUUCAGUUUACGCUGUGCUAUGGUUUUUGGUUCGUUAACGUCACGUUUAAAUUUUCUAAAUUGCGCUGGCAUUCUACACAUGGUGUAUAAAAACAUAUUUGGGGGGUUGGGCAUGCUCGACAUGGCCUUCCAGGAUGCAAUCAAAGGACUCUCACUCCUGACACAAUGCCAGUUUUUCCUCAGACGAAGGUGUUUGACAAUUAUGUCCAUUUUUGUUACCAUUAUCUUAAGCAGUUGAGAUGACUCCACCACCCUAGCGUCCUCAGUGUAUCGCUUCCUUUUGAUUUAGGUUGUUGCGUCAGAUCGUUUGGCAUAGUUCUGCUCAGAACCGAUGUGGACCAACAGCCUCUCGCAUGCCUUGCAGUCAUGGAGGAUUGGCUUUUUCUGCACCUCAUGUGCAAGCCAUCCGCUUACAUCGCUCAGGAUCUCAUCCUUCAAACAAUUACCAUCUGCAGCCCCUUCGGCAGUGUUGAUCUUUAUUGGGGAAAUAAUAUUUGGUCACUGUCUGGAUCAGUGGGAAGAUGCAACUGGCGAUGAUCGGUGGAGGAUCCUCUGAGUUGGCCCGCAUCAUUUGGACUAAAGCCGGAAACAAGAGGGGUGAAUGCAGGAGAUGAAGAGGAAGGCCCAAGAAAACAUGACGGAGAACAUUGGAGACUGAGCACCAACAACAACUAGCAUAAUGGUAACUGGGCUGUGCAUUCCACCUCCGUAGGCAGUUAGCCUAGCUGCAUCGUCGUUUGCAUCCCUUGAGCUGAAUCGCAUCCGGCCGUGAUUGGAAGUCCCAAAAGGCGGCGUGCACAAUUGGCCCAGCGUCGUCCGGGUUUGGCUGGGGUAGGCCGUCAUUGUAAAUAAGAAUUUGUUCUUAACUGACUUGCCUAUUUUUAUAUAUAUAUAUAUUAUUAUUUUUUUAAGUACAGUAUUUUCAAGCAAUAACAGGUUAGUGUAGUGUCUUCAUUGUAAAAAGUGUAUGAAUUGGUAAAUUAUUGUAGAUAUUUAUGUUGCUGUACUUCUUCACCUGUAGAGACUAUGUGGCUAAACGCCUGUGUUGCCAGCUUCACUCGCAUGUUUGUGAAGGGUGUCAGAUUGUGUUUGUCCGUCAGCUUUGGUGACUUCCUGAUUGUGUGCCAUCUUGUAAAACGACACCAGAUGGUCCCAAAUUAUUUAAUCAUCUCUGAUCUGGUGAGUUAAAAGGAAUGACAGUCAAUUAUUUUUGUUAAAUUGUAUAUUCUCCAUGUAAUAAUCUUUGAAUCUACCUUGAUCCCAUGACACUUGAAGUUGUUCUUCACUGAUUUGAACAAGUGUUGAACAUCAAAGAUGAUGGGGAGUUUGUGUCUUCAACUGUGAUUGCAGUGCGCACCGUCGGUGUGUUCCUCAGCAUUUAGACUUGCCCCAAGGAGUUUCAUAGACUUCAUAUUACCGGGUGACUGGUCACACACAACAUUGAUGACCUGUCGCAUUUAAAGUAAUUACUGUAAAUUCCAAAUAUAUAGGAGGGAUGUAACUAGACUAUUGUGUAUAGACAUUGUUACUUAGUCAGUCCUAUGUUUUUUUUUUUUGUCUCUUUAUUGCCUCAGCCACAAUAUCAGCAGUCUCUUGGGCUGGCGUUGCCGAUUUAGCCAGGAAAUAGCCAAAUGCCUGCGUGGGAGAUGUCAACAAGGCAGGGACUUCCUUCAAUUGGAUGAUGGCCUCCUCCUGCAUGACAUCUGUGUUACAUGCUGCUUGCUUUGACACCUGAGCUUCCUGUAUGCUCAUAAGGACGCCUUCUUCUGUCACCUGAGCCGCCUCCUGUAUGCUUGUGAGGAUGCCUCCUGCCACCUCUGUCACCUAACAGACCACCUCCUGCAGACCACCUGAACUAAAUUCAGCAUCUACUGCUUCCUCUGCUGGAGCUGGGUCUACACUCUCCUUCACUCUCUUGUUCUCUCGGUCUGUCUCACCUAAAACUCCUACAUCUGCUUCCCUGUCCUCUCCUUCAAAAAUAGAACUUUCAAGACUUUAAACCUGUUGUAUUAAUAUAAAAAAAUAAUGAUGCAUCUUUAAUCGCUACGUAUUUUGUAGUUGGAUCACUUCUAUUUCUACAACGCUGUGCAUUUGUGGCAGAUUGAGGGGGUGGAUUCAUGCAAUUUAUUCUGGUAGGUACUGCCUCGGAGUACAGCGUCUUCUGUGAACCCUGUUGAAAGAGACAUUUUUACCAGAAAAGGAUUUACUGAAAUGUAUUUUUAUUGACAAAGUUAGUAGCUGUACCUUAAUCAGAAUAAAACUCUUCAAAGUGCUCCUCUCACACAGAAUAACCCCCUUUCUUCACGUCCUCAACGGACUUCUGCAGACGGAUGUCCCUACUCCUGAUGUUUCUCAGCCAUCUCUUCCACCUGAGUAAUUGCAAAAGUGUUUAAGGUUUAAUCUCACAUUUUAUGAAUUCAAAUUCUUUUGGAAUGACAGGCUUUACUUUACUGACUGUAUUGUCCCCAUGGGGGCAUUUUGUUGCAGUGUCAUGUACAUGUUUAAAUACAAAACAAAUUGACAAUGCAACUUUCAUAAGAGUUACAUACCAAUAUGGUCCUUCUGUAGCUCAGUUGGUAGAGCAUGGCGCUUGUAACGCCAGGGUAGUGGGUUCGAUCCCCGGGACCACCCAUACGUAGAAUGUAUGCGCACACGACUGUAAGUUGCUUUGGAUAAAAGCGUCUGCUAAAUGGCAUAUAUAAUAAAAAGAGACUAACCUGCUGGCCCUACUGAGUCGAUAGGAACAUUAGCCUGAGCUAUUUAGGAGGUAUAUCACUCCUGGCACAAAUUAUUGUCUAGUUCUGUUUUUCCUGCUGAGGGGUGUCCUAUACCUGCGCCCAGAGGGGAGUAUUUCAAAGUCUGGGUAGCUUGGGUCUCAAAUUCUUUUGUGAGCCUUGUGGAGUGCCCUGACCUUAAAGAUCUCAUCCAGGCCUGUCUGUUUGACUCCAUGUACCUUGCAUUAAAAAUAUAUUUCACCUUUAUUUAAAUAGGUAGGCCAGUUGAGAACAAGUUCUCAUUUAUAACUGCGACCUGACCAAGAUAAAGCAAAGCAGUGCUACAAAAACAACACGGAGUUACACAUGGAAUAAAUAAACGUACGGUCAAUAACACAAUAGAAAGGUCUAUAUACAGUGUGUGCAAAUGUAAUAAGAUUAGGGAGGUAAGGCAAUAAAUAGGCCAUAGUGGCAAAAUUAUUACAAUUUAGCUUUAACACUGGAGUGAUAAUUGUGCAGAUGAUGAAUGUGCAAGUAGAGACACUAGGGUGAAAAAGAGCAAAAAUAAAUAAUAUGAGGAUGAGGUAGUUGGAUGGGCUGCGUACAGGUGCAGUGAUCAUGAAGCUGCUCUGACAGCUGUUGCUUAAAGUUAAUGAGGGAGAUAUGUGUCUCCAGCUUCAGUGAUUUUUUGUUGUUGCAAUUCGUUCCAGUCAUUGACAGCAGAGAACUGGAAGGAAAGGCAGCCAAAGUGGGUGUUGGUUUUGGGGAUGACCAGCGAAAUAUACCUGCUGGAACGCAUGCUACGGGUGGGUGUUGCUAUGGUGACCAGUGAGCUGAGAUAAGGCGGGGCUUUACCUAGCAAAGACUUAUAGAUGACCUUGAGCUAGUGGGUUUGGCGAAGAAUAUGAAGCGAGGGCCAGCCAACGAGAGCAUAAAGGUUGCAGAGGUGGGUAGUAUAUGGGGCUUUGGUGACAAAAAGGGAUGGCACUGCGAUAGAGUGCAUCCAGUUUGCUGAGUAGUGUUGGAGGCUAUUUUGUAAAUGACAUCGGCGAAGUCGAGUAUCGGUAGGGGUAGGAUAGUCAGUACUAUACUGACAGAGUAUAGUACAGUCAACAUUAAAAGUUACCAGCUUUUUGAGAAAGUACAGUCUCUGUUGACUUUUUGUAGAUCUGGUCUGUAACAUUUACUCCACUGAAGCUUAUUGUGUAAGAGGACACUCGGGUAUUUGUAUUUCUCUAUAUUCUGACCUCUGAUAGAUGUUGCAGAGGUAGGUGUUGUACACUUCCUGAAGUCUAUGCACAUUACUUUGGUCUUGUUGGUAUUGAGAACCAAGUGUGAUUUGUCACGCCACUCUACAAAGUCAUGUAGGACCGGGCCAUGGUGUUCCUCGUCAUCAUGCAACAGGCUAAUCAAGGCAGUGUCAACAACUUAAUGAGGUGUCUGUCAGGAUGGGAACUAGUACAACUGUUAGUGUACAGGACUGGGGACAGAACACAUCCCUGAGGAGAGUCUGUGUUGGUGGUGCGUAUGUCCGAUAAGUGGGGACCUAUUUUGACCCGUUGUGACCACUGGAUCAGGAAGUCCAACAGCCACAAAACCAGCCCCCAAUUUAAGGAGAAGUCCCGAAAGAGUCUCUGCCAGAAUGUAAGGCUGGAUUGUGUAGAAGGCAGAAGAAAAGUCAACAAACAAAACCCUGACAUGGGAUGUAAGCACCCUGUAGAUGUCUAGACCAUGUUGAGAGUCAUGGGAAAACUGAAACGGUUCAAGGAGCUUCUGGGUGGUGCUGAGAACAUUACUUUUCUCACGGCAUUUCAUUAUGAAGGUUGUCAAGGCUACAGGGCGUUAGUUAUUCAGCACAGAGCGAUUAGAUGCUUUAGGAAUGGCACGUGUUGCUGGUCGAGCGAGGAUUGGGAAAUGUCUGUAAAAAAACAGCCAAUUGUUCAGCACAGUGCUUUAACACAUGUCCACUUUUGUCUGGGCCUGGGCUUUUGUGUGCCUUACAUCCCCUGAACUACUUCAAAACAUCAGCCUGUUUAACAACAAACAUUUGUAAUGAUGCUUCCAUUUGUUUUACUUCCGACACAAAGUUGUCUGAUUUCAAAUCUUGAGAAAACAUUCAGUUCAGUUGCCAUGUUCUGGCCCUCAUGUCUCCCAAGGUCAGCACUGGUUUUCCCCUGCCUAUGUGGGGGGCACUAGCUAUGGAUUUAAUCCCUUGCCAGGCCACCCUUGAGUUUCCUGAGAGGAUCCUCUCCACCCUUUGCUUGUAUGCCUCUUUGUCCACCAGUAGCUGUCUUUUGAUCUCACGUUAGACAGGCUUUAAAAGAUGUACAACACCCUCAGCAUAAACUGCCUUCCUAUUAAGUUAAAAAAUAUAUAUAUAUCUGUUAUUUUACCAGGUAAGUUGACUGCGAACACGUUCUCAUUUGCAGCAACGACCUGGGGAAUAGUUAAAGGGGAGAGGAGGGGGAUUAAUGAGCCAAUUGUAAACUGGGGAUUAUUAGGUGAGCAUGAUGGUUUGAGGGCCAGAUUGGUAAUUUAGCCAGGACACUGGGGUUAACACCACUACUCUUACGAUAAGUGCCAUAGGAUCUUUAAUGACCUCAGAGAGUCAGGACACCCGUUUAACGUCCCAUCCGAAAGACAGCACCCUACACAGUAGUGAUUUUAGAUUUUUUUGAUACCCAAGGAUUAUUGUUAGGGAAGAUUUUAUAGGUUUUAGUAGGCACAACAGACUCAACACAGACAUUUACAUAGUCUGAAACAAGAUCUGAGUUCAUCAAGAUCAGAGCUGCUGUCCUCAAAUACCUCCCACACAGUACAGUCAAAGCACCCCUGGAGAAGAGUGAUACUGUUGUCCUUAAAGAUCUGGACAGUUUUAACUGUGGGUUUCUCCCUCUCCUUGGAGCCGAUAGUAGGUUGGCCUGAGGUAGACAACAUUAUGGUCUAAUGUCCCCAGGGGAGAUCUGGUGGUGGCAGAGAAUGCAUUUGCUAUUGUCCCAUAGCACAGAUCAAGUCUAUUUUUCCUAGUGUGAAAUUUGACAUACUGGUGGUACGUGCGCAGGACUUUUGUGCAAAGUACAGUUGUUAAAAUCUCCUAACAUUGGGAUGCUUCGGGGAGAUGGAUUCCAGUUUCUGUGACAGAUUAUAAAUAAUCUCUGGUGCCUUUUUGUUAUAUUAGCUUUUGGUUGAAUGUACACAACGGUAACAAACAAUUGGGGGAACUCACAGGGCAGAUAAUAGGAUCACAGUGACACAGAAAGCAGUUCAAUGUCCGGGUACAGAGUACCAGGAUUGAUGUACUGCACUGGUCCCUGACAAGCAGGCAGACGCCCCCGCCGUGAUGUUUCCCUGUGAAGGUCAGAUCACGGUCCGCUCUGACCAGAGUGAAGUUGGCCGGCUCCACUUCCAUGUCUGGGACUCUCAUCUACCCAAGUCUCAGUAAACGCCAGCAAACAGGCCUCCCGGUAUUCGUGUUGGAAGCGCAGAUUUGCUGACAGUUUAUCAGCUUUCCCCCUCAGUGACUGGGCAUUGAUCAGCAAGAUGGUAGGUAAGGGGAGUUGGUUCUUCAAUUAUUUUUAAUCUGUCUGAUUCCCCAGCAUUUGGGUUUGUAAUCCACUCGCAGACAAUUGGGGAUUAGAUGGGCCAUUGGGAUAUCCAUCGCGUUUGUGUUUAAAUUGCAUUAUAGUACCAACUCCCUACAGUAUUGGAUUCCGCUGCCAGCAGCAUUUUCAUAAUUUCGUCGCUUUGUAGCGGGUACAGUGAGGGGGGGGAAGUAUUUGAUCCCCUGCUGAUUUUGUACAUUUACCCACUGACAAAUAAAUGAUCAGUCUAAUUUGUUUGGUAGGUUUAUUUUAACAGUGAGAGACAGAAGAACAACAAAAAAAUCCAGAAAAGCGCAUGUCAAAAAUGUUAAAUUGAUUUGCAUUUUAAUGAUCACUGUAUGUACACAAUCAACAAGAUCAGUCCAACACCCCACCACUGUAAAUCCAUCAUUGGCAGAUUGUUUGUAAAGUAAGUGUACAAAACUUAGUUUUGUGUGUUUAAACAUAAAAGAAUGCCACACCAAACAUCUCACACAUUGCAGGUUGCAACAGAGCCACGCCCCGUGGUUUGUUUUCCAUUUUAUGAAAAUAUGACAGAUUCUUCUCUGGAGCCCUGCAAGAGUAGAAGAGGCCAUCAGUUGUGUUUUAACCUCUUCUCUGGGACUCCCAGCCAUUAAUCUUAAUGUUUGUACAGUCGUCUCAAAUAAAACUGAAGGACCUCGGCGUUACUCUGGACCUUGAUAUCUCUUUUGACGAACAUAUCAAGACUGUUUCAAGGACAGCUUUUUUCCAGCUACGCAACAUUGCAAAAAUCAGAAAAUUUCUGUCCAAAAAUGAUGCAGAAAAAUUGGGACAAAAGGCCACUCUAAAAUGUGUAGUUUUGUCACAGCACAAUGUCACUGUCUUAAAUUGAGGGAGAGUGCAAUUGGCAUGCUGACUGCAGGAAUGUCCACCGAGCUGUUGCCAGAUAAAUGUAAUGUUAAUUUAUUUUACACAAACUGCUUCCAAAGUCGUUCUCGAGAAUUUGUCAGUACACUCAAUUGGUCUCACCACUGCAGACGAUAUGUGGGCCAGCGGUUUGCAGAUAACUUAAAGUGACCCACUUUGGUGGUAUGGGCAGGCAUAAGCUAUGAACGCAAUUGCAUUUGAUCGGACAGAUACCGUGACGAGUUCGAUGCCUUAUCUAUUUUUAUCUAUAUGUAUGUGUGUAACAGUAUAACUUUAGACUGUCCCCUCGCCCGAACCAGGGACCCUCUGCACACAUCAACAACAAUCACCCACGAAGCAUCGUUACCCAUCGCUCCACAAAAGCUGCGGCCCUUGCAGAGUAAGGGGAACCACUACUUCAAGGUCUCAGAGCAAGUGACGUCACUGAUUGCUGACUAGCUAGCCGUUUCACAUCAGUUACAUGUGAAUCUGACCAACAGGUGCAUGUGUUUUCCCAGUCAUGUGAAAUCAAUAGAUCAGAACAUAAUGCAUUUAUUUCAAUUUACUUUCCUAAUAUUAACUCAGUAAAAUCUUUGAAAUUGUUGCGUUUAUAUGUUUGGUUCAGUAUACCCCAUGAGCUUCAACCCAAUCAGAAACGCAAUACCCUUGGUUUAAUCGUUUGUACAUUACCAUAGAUGAUCCAUCCUUGCAUGGCUCAGUCUAUGAAUUUGAGUGUUUAUAUUUUUACAGCCCCAUCCCUCAAUUUAACGGAACGGUUGAGUUAUCAAAUGUAUGGGAGGGCUGUGAACAUGCAUAGUAUAUAUUAACACUUGAUGAUACUUAUACAAUAUAUAUAAACAUGCAUUACUGUACUGUCUUUGCAUUGUACAAUUGUUUUGGACUGACUGGAGCGUGCAUGGCUUAUCAGGGUGAAUCUUCGUGACUCACAAUUUGUAAGGAUAUGACGUCACAAUCUGGAGCGCGUUUCCUGUGUUUUACCAUGAAUACAUUUUUCAGGACUGCCUGCUUGCAUCGUAGGCCGGUGGAGAGGUUUGAAUAGGUAGAAUCAAAGAUCGCCGCUUUCUGAUAACCGCAAAUAUACGACAUCACUGAUGUUCCUCUACCAACUGUUGCCCUUCCUUUGGGCUGUGUCUGCAAAUGCAGAUUUCUUUCAAUUUGACACUAUUUCAAAUGCAUCUACGUAUUACUUCAAUUAUAUUUAUUGUAAUAUAUGGGAAGGGGAGUGUCAACCUAAUCAAGAUGAUACGAAUGAGCAAGUACCUACGAGGGACCUGUGGGCAGGAUUUCCUCAGGACUACAUCAGUUUGCUGUCACAGUGGUAUUGCAGCCUGGGACAGUGCUGUGAAUCAGGGGAUUGUCGGAUAACAAAUAAUAUUACAGGUUUGGCUAGUGAUCUACAGCUAAAGCUUCACGGGCAGCACCUUGCCCAAUCAGUGGUUUUGAAGGCUGUACAGGGCUUCAUCAGUAACCCUGAAUCCAAUAAGCCAUUGACCCUCUCCUUUCAUGGCUGGUCUGGCACCGGCAAGAACUUUGUGGCCCGGAUUGUAGCUGACAACAUGUACCGGGAUGGAGUGAAGAGCGAGUGUGUGCGUCUUUUCAUUGCCCCAUUCCACUUCCCCCAUGCCAGACUGGUGGACACGUACAAGGGCCAGCUCAGAGAAGCUAUCCGGGACAUGGUGCUUCGUUGCCCACAGACACUUUUCAUCUUUGAUGAGGCUGAGAAACUGCAUCCGGGCCUUAUAGAUGCCAUCAAGCCCUAUAUGGACCAUUAUGACAAUGUAGAUGGGGUCAGCUACAGGAGAGCUGUCUUCUUAUUCCUCAGUAAUAUUGGUGGGACAACCAUCAACGAUGUGGCCUUGGACUUUUGGCACUCAGGGCAGAACAGAGAGGACAUUGGGAUGGAGGACUUGGAACACCGGCUUCGUGCUGAAGCUAUGGAAUCUCAAGGAGGCUUUGCACAGAGUGAGCUGAUGUCAGGCCAUCUUAUUGACUUCUUUGUGCCCUUCCUACCUCUGGAGUACCGUCAUGUCAAGCUCUGUGCCCGUGAUGCCUAUGCAGCGCGGGGUCUGGAGCCAGACGAGGGAACGCUGGACGAAGUGGCGAAGGCCAUGCUAUAUGUACCCAAGGAGGAGAGGCUGUUCUCUGCCCAAGGCUGCAAAUCCAUACCACAGAGGAUCAAUUUCUUCCUCCCCUAAACAGACUAAUGGAACCCAGAAAACGCACAGUAUUUUAGCAAAAACAAAAAAGUAUGAUGACAUAUUGAACAUUGUUGCAGUGUGGUGUUUCCACGCCUCACCCUACACUGCCAAGAAAGCAAGCAUAGGGCAUCUAUCUGUCUCUUGUAAGAUUAUAUCUGAUAACCAAAUAAGAGAUUUUACUAGUGUUCAUUUUCAACUUUGGUUUUUCCCUGCUCAUUAGACUACUUAUGCACUGAUUUUUAGGUCAAGCUCAGGUCAACUCUGUAGUAUUAGUAUUUGCAUGUAUAUAUUUACUGUGCAUUUGAAAAGUUUUCAGACCCCUUGACUUUUUCCACGUUUUGUGACAGCCUUAUUUUAAAAUGUAUUGCCCCCCCCCAUUAAUCAACACACAAUACAACAUAAUAACAAAGCAAAAUGUUUUUAUUUUUAUUUUAGCAAAAAAAAUAAACUGAAAUUAAAUUUACAUAAGUAUUCAGACCCUUUACUCAGUACUUUGUUGAAGCACCUUUGGCAGCAAUUACAGCCUUGAGUCUUCUUGGGUAUGAUGCUACAAGCUUGGCACACUUGUUUUUGGGUAGUUUCUCCCAUUCUUCUCUGCAGAUCCUCUCAAGCUCUGUCAGGUUGGAUUGGGAGCGUCCCUGCACAGCUAUUUUCAGGUCUCCAGAGAUGUUCGAUCGGGUUCUAGUCCAGGCUCUGGCUGGGCCACUCGAGUACAUUCAGAGACCUGUCCCGAAGCCACUCUUGCGUUGUCUUGGCUGUGUGCUUAGGGUCGUUGCCCUGUUGGAAGGUGAACCUUUGCCCCAGUCUAAGGUUCUUCGCGCUCAGGAGCAAGUUUUCAUCAAGGAGCUCUAUGUACUUUGCUCCGUUCAUCUUUACCCUUGAUCCUGACUAGUCUCCCAGUCCCUGCCACUGAAAAACAUCCCCACAGCAUGAUGCUGCCACCACCGUAGGGACAGUGUCAGGUUUCCUCCAGACGUGACGCUUUGCAUUCAGGCCAAAGAGUUCAAUCUUAGUUUUAUCCGACCAUAGAAUCUAGUUUCUCAUGGUCUGAGAGUCUUUUAGGCAAACUCCAAGCGGGCUGUCAUGUGAAUUUUAUUGAUGAGUGGCUUCUGUCUGGCAACUCUACCAUAAAGGCCUGAUUGGUGGAGUGCUGCAGAGAUGGUUGUUCUACUGGAAGGUACUCCCAUCUCCACAGAGAAACUCUGGAGCGCUGUCAGAGUGAGGUUUUUGCUUUGACAUGCACUGUCAACUGUGGGACCUGAUAUAGACCGGUGUGUGUGCCUGUCCAAAUCAUGUCCAAUCAAUUAAAUUUACCACAGGUGGACUCCAAGCAAGUUGUAGAAACAGCUCAAGGAUGAUCAAUGGAAACAGGAUGCACCUGAGCUUAAUUUCGAGUCUCAUAGCAAAGGUUGAGUACUUAUGUAAAUAAAUAAAAAUUAAUUACAUUUUAUAUCUAUAUAUACAUUUCUAAAAACGGUUUCCCCUUUGUUAUUAUGGGGUAUUGUGUGUGGAUUGAUGAGGAAGGAAAAUAUUUUUUUAUACAUUUUAGAAUAAGGCUGUAACGUAACAAAAUGUGGAGAAAGGGAAGGGGUCUGAAUACUUUCCGAAUACACUAUGUUUAGUUGGCACUGAGGAAAAAUUACAACUAUCUGCUUAAACAGUGGCUGGCACUUCCAAUGCAAAGGAGGAAAUACUGUAUAUUACAGUAAACUAGGUAAAAUAUAAUUUCAUACAUUUUCUUAGGGGCAUUUUUAAUGAUUAUUCUGGAAUUGUUUAUAGAUGACUUGUUUUACAGGUGGACUAAAUAUUUCCAGGUUUGAUUUGAUUAAUUUCACCUUUUAUUUAACCAGGUAGGCCAGUUGAGAACAAGUUCUCAUUUACAACUGCGACCUGACCAAGAUAAAGCAAAGCAGUGCGACCAAAAACAACACGGAGUUACAUAUAAACAAACAGCCAAUAACACAAAGGAAAAUAAAAUCUGUACAUUGUGUGCAAAUGUAGAAAAUAUAUACGAAGAAAGAAACUAUAUAUACAAAGGGCGGGACAAUCAAAACAUCCCAUUGCUACGCCAUUACAAACAGUAUGACAUCAUUUGAAACCAUUUGGAACCUACUGGAUAACUACAAUUCAGGUCAGAAGAAAGUAGUAUCAGUGUGCAGGAGUACAGGCAGUCACUUAUGUUGUUGAAAUGUUUACUGAACUAAAUGGUCUUGAGUAAUUCCAAACAUUUUCCCCCGACAAUUAUUUUUUAUCUUGAAUUAUUGAAGGUUGCAUUUACUUAAGUUUAGUAUUCCAAUAAUGCUUUGAUAUGUUUUUUUGUUGUCCAAUGGAAUGUGUUAUAAAAAUAGCCCAUUGUGAAGAUUGAAAUUAGCAAGUAUGUAUACUGAACAAAAAUAUCAUGUAACAUGCAACAAUUUCAACAAU